AUGGCUCCCAGAUUCAAGGAUGGUGACGCUGUAGUCUCCAUCAAUGGCAAAUGGGUUGCAUGGACUCACACAAUCUUCGCCUAUGCUGCCUUCUUCAGCGCUCUAGUUGUUGGUGUCGCUCUGCAUUUCCAUAAGAUUGUGCAGAACGAGUACUUUGGCUACCCUGACGAAUGGUUCCCUUCCGUAUCCGCUACAAUUGGUGACCGCUACCCCGAGCGAUCAUUCUUCCAGGUUUUUAUCGCCAUUACAUCCGGAUCUCGUUUCGCUCUCGUCUUCCUAUGGUACAUCCUCACCGCGCGUCCGAAUUCAAGUCUGCCGAAGUUCGUCGCAGGUGUGGGUAUCUUCCGUACUCUCACCUGUGGUGGAUGGACUUAUGUCACUUCCACUGAUGACCAUGACUGGCACGAUAUUUUUAUGAUCUCUUAUCUUGUGGCUACUUUGCCGUGGACACUGGGAUGUCUUGCGCUGAGCCCCAACAACCGCCGGGCUGUCAAAUACCGUAAAAUCAUGGCAAGCUUGUUCUUCGGAACACUGGUCCCUUUGAUCUAUUACUUUAUUCAGCACAAGGUGCACAAGAUUCCUGGUGCUUACACUCGCUAUGCCUUCUUCGAGUGGUCCCUGGUUCUGUUCGAUGUUGGCUUUGAUGCGAUUACCGUGCUCGACUUUGAAGGACUUGAAUUGGUGGUUCGCGAUGUCAAGGGAGUCAGUCGAGGGCAAAUGAAGACAACUGCGGACUCUGUUCUUGAGAAAAACAAGGACAAGCCAGUGAGCAACACCUUCGGUGAGGCCUUCUUUUGGACCGAGAUCAUCGAUGCCGCUGCUGACGUCUACAAUGGGUAUGUAUUCUGGACAAUUGUGACCGGUCUUCCCGUUCUUGUGUGGUACUUCCCCCUGUGGCACAUGGGCAUCUCUGGCUACGAAGUUGCCAUUGUCUGCUGUACAUCACCCUUCUUCUUGGCCAUUCCCUCAUUGAGAUAUGCUGCUGUGAAGAACCUUCGACUACUUCACCUAACUUCACUGGUCGGCCUGCUGGCCUACAAGCUCCAAGACCCUGCUCACCGUCUCUUCCUUACUGGAUUUGCUUUGGCAGUUACAUGCGUCGCCUGGGUGGCUAGCUUCUUUGCAGAACGUUCCAACACGCCACGUCUGGAGGCUCGUAUCAUGGCAUGGGGCAUUGGUUUGAUUGUAUCUACUGUCUCCAAGUUUGCAUGCGCGACCAACAACCCACUGUGGCCUAUUAUGCACGGUGACAAUGGUGGCUGGAACAAGAUCGGUCUUGCUCUCGCUAUUUUCUCUGUCCUUCGAUCCCAAAAAGGCUCAACCAUCAGUGGGGGCGAUUACCUCCCAUCUAAUGGCAAGAAGGGCUCGUCCCUCUUGGCCGCCGUUGGUUUUGGUGGUCUCUUCUUUGCCAUCGUUUCUCUUCUGACCGACUCUAGCACCAUGAUCGCUUGGGUCUGGGAGGGAUAUCCUAUUCGCGGACCGAUUGCAGUACCUCACGGUGCUGUGACAAUCUUUGCCAUGGGUGCUGGUCUCGUGUUUGGUAUCUUCUACCCUACGGUGGCUGGAAGCUGGACAGCCUACGGCCUUGGUUCCGUUGGUGCCGCCCUCCUUACCUACUACCAUCACUGGACCGGAUAUUACGGAGCUCUUGCUUUUGCAUUCUACAUCAUGGCUGUUGCUCCGGUCUUGAUCAAGUCUGGUGUCCGCCACUCUCCCGCAUCCGUUUUCGGUGUCGGCUUCGUAAUUUACGUCUUCCUUCUGCUCUUCCAUGUCUGGGUCGUGGCCUAUGCCUUCGUUCCUGGCGGUCCUCUUGUGCGUGAGCACACUGACUGGCUCAUGAUUCUCACCACUCUCAUGAUCGGUGCUGGUGUGUUCUCUGCGGCAACCUCCAACUCUUCGCGCACAUCUCGCAAGAAGCCUAUCAACCCCAACAGCAAGAAACAACGCUCAUACUACGUCUACGUUCUUGCUGCGAUUCAGUUGCUCUCCGUAUCCGUGGCUUACCUGCGCUUCCCAACUAACGACUUCAAGCCCCACCAUCCCGAGGAGAAGGUUGCAACUGUUGGUAUCUGGACUGUUCACUUCGGUCUCGACAACAACAUGUGGGCUGCAGAGCGCCGUAUGCGUGAUGUCAUUGGAGAGCUUGAGCUUGAUGUCAUUGGUUUCCUCGAGUCGGACAAUCAACGUAUCAUCAUGGGCAACAAGGACGUUACCCAAUACAUUGCUGAGGACUUGGGUUACUACGUCGAUUUCGGUCCCGGCCCUAACAAGCACACCUGGGGUUCUGCUCUCCUUUCCAAGUUCCCCAUCGUCAACUCAACCCACCAUCUUCUGCCUUCGCCUGUCGGCGAGUUGGCUCCUGCUAUUCACGCCACUCUUGACAUGUACGGGGAGAUGGUCGACGUCGUCGUCUUCCACUCCGGUCAGGAAGAAGACCCCGAGGAUCGCCGCCUACAGAGCCAGUACCUUUCGCAAUUGAUGGGCUCGUCUCCCCGUCCGCUGAUCUUGUUGAGCUACUUGGUCACCAAACCACUUGAGGGCAACUACAACACCUAUGUUAGCGAAGUCAGUGGAAUGAGUGAUAUCGAUCCCACCGACUGGGACAGAUGGUGCGAGUACAUCCUAUUCAAGGGUAUCCACCGUACCGGUUAUGCUAGAAUUAGUCGUGACACGAUUACCGACACUGAGAUCCAGGUUGGUAAAUUUGUUGUUGGCGAGCCUGCAGUCCUCACUGAGCAGGAGAUGCGCAUGCCCGAGGAAAUGAUCCCCGUUGGCCGCCAAUUCCCUGCCCUUUUCCGUGGCGAAGGUGUGCGAGGACACCGCUACCAUGUCUUCGACGAACCCCGAUACUGGCAGUAA